AGUGAAAGAUGAUGAAGCCGUUCUAACAUUUUCACUUGAGAAUGUUCAUAUAGAUAUUACUCCCUUUGGAAGAUUAGCCUUACUUAAUAUCAUGCCGUCCAGUGAAUAUGAGCGCGGUGACGAUCAGGCCAGCACAGAACCACUUCUACAGACCAACGAGUCUGAGGGUACAACUGCAUGGUCAUCAGUGUCAUCUAUAGUACGCACAUUCGCUUUUUUCGGGCUGUUCAUUAUAUUAUCUAUCUCCAUAUACAUGGUUGAGAAUCUUGAAGAUAGUCUUAGCGACCUCAUAUGUAUAGAGCCUGCUGUCCGUCGAGAAUGGCGGACACUGAGAAGGGCAGACCGGCUUGAAUACCUUCGCGCAGUCAAGUGCCUGUCCUCAAUUCCCUCAGCAGUCUGCAACGGCACUUUACACGAUGAAUUCUCUUAUAUUCAUCGCAGGGUCGGAGAGUACUCUCACGAAGCGGCCUCGUUCCUGCCGUGGCAUCGGUACUUCAUACAUAUUUACGAGGAGACACUAAAACAGCGCUGUCAAUUUAAAGGAACUCUUCCAUACUGGGAUUGGACUCGCGAUUGGGCUGAUCUGACCCAGUCACCUGUAUGGGAUGCCAAAGAAGGUUUUGGUGGAAAUGGUAAUAUCAACAACGCAACUACUGUAGGUCACGGCCACUGCGUCGAAGAUGGUCCCUUCGCGGGUUUGCAAGUUCAAUAUUACAACUUGGAUUGGUAUCCGCAUUGUCUAUCGCGAGGCUUCUUGGCCGGAGACUUCCUAGACGAAUUUGGAGCACAACGAUUGAACAGGACUGCUAUAGCAGCAGUAUUAGACGAACCAGAUUAUUAUCAGUUCGUCUUAAAACUAGAAGAUGGCCCGCAUGCAUCGGUCCCAAUUAUCGUGCGCGGGGACUUCUACCGUUUCACUGCACCCAAUGAUCCCGUCUUCUUUCUGCAUCACGCCCAGAUUGAUCGGCUCUGGUGGCAGUGGCAAAGCCAAGACCUCGAAGUGCGGGCAACGGCCUAUAACGGCCCAGCAAGGCACAAUUCAUCCAUCGAAGCACAACUCACGGAUCUUAUUGAAAUGGCUGGACUAGCAUCGGAUAUUCCCGUUAGCUCGGUAAUGACUACCAAUAGUCGGUUGCUGUGCUAUAAUUACCAUUAAUAGGAUCCUAUAAGAAAUGUAUAAACAAACGUGUAGUAAAUACAAGUAUGCAUCGUUAACAGUGACGCUCACUUGAACGAAGCUGGAAAUCCUGACUGAGCUCUCUACCUAUUAUCAUAUCCUUCAAUAACACCAGGAUAUCUGUUACGGUCUACGGAGUAGUGGGUGGACUAGAUACGGAGCGGCAAAACUUUAUUGCGGACAUCGCCUAUUAAUAGAACAAUCUAGGUCGCUAGGCUUACACAUUGCAAUUUAGACUUCUAGAAUCUGAGUAGUUUGGCCCUAACUAAUCGUGCUCG